CCCCUGCCGCCGCGGAGAAAGAUGGGGGAUGCUGCAGACCCCAGGGAGAUGAGAAAGACCUUCAUUGUUCCAGCCAUCAAACCCUUUGACCACUAUGAUUUCUCCAGGGCCAAAAUCGCCUGCAAUCUGGCCUGGCUGGUAGCCAAAGCCUUUGGGACAGAAAAUGUGCCAGAGGAACUUGGAGAACCAUUUUACACAGAUCAGUAUGACCAGGAGCACAUCAAACCACCUGUUGUUAAUCUUCUUCUGUCAGCUGAGCUGUACUGUCGUGCUGGGAGUCUCAUUCUCAAGAGUGAUGCGGCAAAACCCCUUUUGGGCCACGAUGCUGUAAUCCAGGCUUUAGCACAGAAAGGUCUUUAUGUCACUGACCAAGAAAAAUUGGUAACUGAGCGAGAUCUCCACAAGAAACCCAUACAGAUGAGUGCACAUUUGGCCAUGAUUGAUACCCUAAUGAUGGCUUAUACCGUAGAGAUGGUCAGCAUAGAAAAAGUAAUUGCGUGUGCUCAACAGUACUCUGCGUUUUUUCAAGCCACAGAUCUGCCCUAUGAUAUUGAGGGUGCUGUCGUGUACUGGAUAAAUAAGGUAAAUGAACAUUUGAAAGACAUAAUGGAACAAGAACAAAAAUCUAAAGAGCAUCACACAACUGAAGUUCCAGGAGGUCAAAAGUCUCCUUCCAAAUGGUUUUGGAAACUGGUUCCAGCUCGUUACAGGAAAGAACAAACAUUGCUUAAGCAGCUGCCUUGCAUUCCAUUGGUAGAAAAUUUGUUGAAGGAUGGUACAGAUGGCUGUGCCUUAGCUGCCCUCAUUCAUUUUUACUGCCCUGGUGUUGUCCGAUUAGAGGAUAUUUGUUUGAAAGAAACUAUGUCUUUGGCUGACAGCCUGUACAAUCUGCAGCUGAUUCAGGAAUUUUGCCAAGAAUACUUAAACCAGUGCUGCCAUUUCAGCCUGGAAGAUAUGCUCUAUGCAGCUUCAUCCAUAAAGAGUAAUUACUUGGUGUUCAUGGCAGAACUCUUCUGGUGGUUUGAAGUUGUGAAGCCAUCAUUUGUACAGCCACGUGUUGUAUGUCCACAAGGAGCUGAACCUGCAAAAGAUGUGUCAGCAGUUCCUGUCUUGAAUGCUGCCAAAAGAAACAUCCUGGAUAGUUCAUCUAGUUCUGACUUCACCUCAAGAUAUGCACGUCCCCAAGCUCAUUCUUCAGCCUCAGGAAUUAGAAGAUCUUCAUCUAUGUCUUAUGUUGAUGGUUUCAUAGGAACAUGGCCUAAAGAGAAAAGAACAUCAGUGCACGGUGUUUCAUUUGACAUUUCUUUUGAUAAAGAAGAUAGUGCACAGAGAUCUGCUCCAAACCAAGGAAUCACUCGUUCUGUUAGUAAUGAAGGACUUACCCUAAACAACAACCGUGCAUCUAAACACAUUAGGAAAAAUUUGUCCUUCAAGCCAGUAAAUGGAGAAGACGAUGAAGAAAGCAUUGAAGAGGAAGUUAGUGUAGACCCUCACGGUGACUUCAAAUCUUACAUGCCUCUUAAUACAAAUGAACUAAAUUCUAAUGAGAAUAUUCAUUACACGCUUCCAAAUGGGGCUUUACAAAAUAGAGUACUUCUGGAUGAGUUUGGCAAUCAGAUUGAGACACCAAGCAUUGAAGAAGCAUUACAGAUAAUUCAUGAUACUGAAAAAUCUCCUCAUACACCUCGACCAGACCAAAUUGCUAAUGGCUUCUUUCUUCAUAGCCAGGAACUGAGCAUCCUAAAUUCAAAUAUUAAACUAAAUCAGUCUAGUCCUGAUAACAUUACUGAUACAAAAGGUGCCUUGAGUCCCGUAACAGACACUACAGAAGUUGACACUGGAAUUCAUGUUCCUUCAGAAGACAUUCCGGAAACAAUGGAUGAAGACUCUUCCUUGAGAGAUUAUACUGUGAGCUUAGACUCUGAUAUGGAUGACGCAUCUAAAUUUCUACAGGACUAUGAUAUGAGAACCAGCAAUCCCAGAGAAGCUUUGAGUCCCUGUCCAAGUACCAUUAGUACCAAGUCCCAACCAGGGAGCAGUGCUUCUUCUAGUUCUGGAGUUAAAAUGACCAGCUUUGCUGAACAGAAAUUCAGGAAACUGAAUCAUACUGAUGGGAAAAGUAGUGGAAGCAGUUCUCAAAAAACUACACCAGAAGGCUCUGAACUUAAUAUUCCUCAUGUGGUAUCUUGGGCACAGAUUCCAGAAGAAACAGGCAUUACUCAAGGACGAGACACUACACAGCUGUUGGCUUCUGAAAUGGUGCAUCUUAGGAUGAAACUAGAAGAAAAGAGACGUGCUAUAGAAGCCCAGAAAAAGAAAAUGGAAGCCGCUUUUACUAAACAGAGGCAGAAAAUGGGAAGGACAGCAUUCCUAACUGUAGUGAAAAAGAAAGGGGAUGGGAUUUCCCCUCUUCGAGAAGAAGCAGCCGGUGCAGAGGAUGAGAAAGUAUACACUGAUCGAGCAAAAGAAAAGGAACCACAAAAAACUGAUGGACAAAGGAGCAAGUCUCUGGCAGAUAUAAAAGAAAGCAUGGAGAAUCCUCAGGCCAAAUGGCUGAAGUCUCCAACCACUCCUGUUGAUCCUGAGAAGUCGUGGAACCUAGCAAGUCCUUCGGAAGAGACUUUAAAUGAAGGAGAGAUUUUAGAAUACACAAAGUCCAUUGAAAAGUUAAAUUCAUCCCUACAUUUUCUACAACAAGAAAUGCAGCGCUUGUCCCUUCAGCAGGAGAUGUUAAUGCAGAUGAGAGAGCAGCAGUCUUGGGUGAUCUCACCUCCACAGCCCUCUCCACAGAAGCAGAUUCGAGAUUUUAAACCUAGACAGGCAGGCCUGUCAUCAACUGUUGCACCAUUCUCAUCGGACUCCCCACGGCCUACUCAUCCAUCUCCACAGUCUUCUAACAGGAAGAGCACAUCUUUUUCUGUUAAAAAUCAAAGGACUCCUAGGCCAAAUGAUUUAAAAAUAACACCUUUGAAUCGAACCUUGACACCCCCUCGGUCUGUGGACAGUCUUCCUCGGUUAAGGAGGUUUUCACCAAGUCAGGUUCCUAUUCAGACACGAUCAUUUGUAUGUUUUGGGGAUGACGGAGAGCCUCAAUUAAAGGAAUCCAAGCCUAAGGAAGAGAUUAAAAAAGAGGAAUUGGAGUGCAAAGGGACUUCAGAACCACGUGAACAAAAUUCUGGCGGAAAGGAGGUCAAACCUCUUGAAUCAACAGUUUCUGAAGUCCUGUCACAGCCUGUCACAGAGACUGUGUGUCUGACACCAAAUGAGGACCAAUUGAGUCAACCCACAGAUCCACCCGCUAAACCCAUUUUCCCACCUACUACUCCUAAAAAUGUUAAUCUGAUUGAAGUUUCUCUGUCAGAUUUGAAGCCCCCUGAAAAGAGUGAUGUAUCUCUUGAAAAAUAUGAUGGAGAAAGUGAUAAAGAACAAUUUGAUGAUGACCAGAAAGUAUGCUGUGGAUUCUUUUUUAAGGAUGAUCAAAAGGCAGAAAAUGAUAUGGCAAUGAAACGAGCAGCUUUGCUAGAGAAACGAUUACGAAGGGAGAAAGAAACCCAGCUUCGGAAGCAGCAGCUAGAAGCCGAAAUGGAGCAUAAGAAAGAGGAGACAAGGCGUAAAACUGAGGAAGAACGUCAGAAGAAAGAAGAUGAGAGAGCACGCAGAGAGUUUAUCAGGCAAGAAUAUAUGAGGCGAAAACAGCUAAAGCUAAUGGAAGACAUGGAUACUGUGAUUAAACCUCGUCCUCAGGUGGCAAAACAGAAAAAACAGCGGCCAAAAUCUAUUCACAGAGAUCAUAUAGAAUCCCCCAAAACACCAAUAAAAGGUCCUCCAGGAUCACGAAUUUAUCGUGUUUUUUCAGUCUCUAGCCUUUCUUUGGCAUCGCUGAACACAGGUGAUAACGAGAGUGUUCAUUCAGGCAAGAGGACACCAAGUUGUUCACUAUUCAGGUCAGAGUCCGUGGAGGGUUUCUUAUCUCCAAGUCGUUGUGGAAGUCGAAAUGGAGAGAAAGACUGGGAAAAUGCAUCAACAACUUCUUCAGUGGCUUCUGGAACAGAAUACACAGGACCAAAGCUCUACAAAGAACCUAGUGCAAAGUCCAAUAAGCACAUAAUUCAGAAUGCUCUAGCUCACUGCUGUUUGGCUGGAAAAGUAAAUGAAGGUCAAAAGAAAAAAAUACUAGAGGAAAUGGAGAAGUCAGAUGCCAACAACUUCUUAAUCUUGUUCCGGGAUUCAGGCUGCCAGUUCAGAUCUUUGUAUACUUACUGCCCAGAAACUGAAGAAAUUAAUAAACUGACUGGAAUAGGCCCUAAAUCUAUCACUAAAAAAAUGAUUGAGGGACUUUACAAAUACAAUUCUGACAGGAAACAGUUUAGCCACAUACCUGCUAAAACUUUAUCUGCCAGUGUUGAUGCAAUUACCAUUCAUAGCCAUUUAUGGCAGACCAAAAGACCGGUCACACCCAAAAAACUCUUACCUACUAAAGCAUAGGAGUCGGGAAAUAUUUGCUUCAGAACAUUUGUGGUAAAUUUGCACUUCAUCUUUCCUGCCUACAGAAAAUCUUUCUAAUCGCCAACAAAACUUUUAUUAAAUAAAACUGGACCUUAACUCGGUUGUUGUGAACAACUGGAAUGUAAAUCACAGUAUUUUAGAGUGCAGAAGAUUUUCACUUAGGUGGUAAGUCCAAGUGAUGAAGGAAAUUUUUGAUUCACAAAUGGAGAUUUUAUGUUACCAGGUUCACCUGCUUGGUAUUAGAUCUUGAAGCACUGAAUUCUCAUGGACACAAUGGGACAUAUGGUUGAAAUAUGGCUAGAUUUCAAAUUAUGUGUUGUUUUUGUUUUUUGUUUUUUAAAACCUUUUACUGUAUAUGCUUGUCUUCAGAUGGUUUAUUUUGUUACCUUUUUCCUGGAGGUUUAUCCUAAGAUGCUUUUGUAUUUUGUUUCAUGUGGGGAUCAUGAACGUAGAAGUACAGAUUGAGAAGUUACUUGCACCUUUCUUACGAUAUUAAGAGAAACACUAGUGUUACAUUUUACAGCAACCCUCAUGUUUUAAUGGUGUUACAUCAUUUGCAAAAAUUACUCUUAAGUAUUUAUAAUUCUGUAUUAUUCACUCAAGUAUUAACAUUUCUCUAUUAAAUGAGGAGGUGUUGUAAAGAGCUGCUAGUAGGUUCGCUUUAAACCACAUGAGCUUAACCAAGUAUAUCUUAUAAGAAAUUGCUGAUUAAAUCAGUGCUGUUUUUACACCACUUCUAGCGAACUCAGAAUAAUUUAGACUGUGCUUUUAACAGAAGAAAAGGAAAGCUUUCUAUCUCUUUUAAAGUAAGUCACUUUAUAAGCUGGCAGAGGUGAAUGACACUUUGCAAGUAGUCUUUCAGUAUGAGAAUGUAAGACUUCCUGAAGAUAAUUCUCAGGGGGUCUUUACAUUAUAUUUAUAACUGAUAUAAAAUUAUAUUUAGAAUUUUUAAACAUAUACCAAGGGCUACAGUUACUUUUUAAAGUAGCUUCAUAUUAUUUUACUUAUACUACGUUUUCUUCUUUUCAAUCAUUUCAAGUGGAGCAGCUUAGCUUGAGGACACACUUAGAAUCUCCUCUCCAUGAUCUUUGUUCUUUAGCAGUAUAUAUGAGAGGGUUAGUUGGGGAAAAACUUCAUUCUCAGGAAAAGACUUGAAUGAUUAUGUGGCCCUGUUAUGUUUCAGUGUUGUGACAACUGUGUAAACUAGGGGAGGGGGGAAGACUCAUUGUAUUAUAAAUGAGACAUACAGUUUUUUUUCUUUCAUGGGAUGUAGAAAUGAAAAUAUAUACAUUUCUCUGAGUUGUUUAGAGAGAGAACUCAUGUCUCAUGAUGUAUUUACUUAUUUAAAAAGAGACUAGGAAUGAGCUGUCCCUGAGCUGUACUUUUCUAUUACUAUAAGGCCUUUAGGCUUCAGUGCAUCUGGGUUUUCAACAUUUUCUCAAAUGCUGUCAAUAUUUUACUGUAAUUUAUGUUCUUAUAUUUAUGUAUAUUUGUUAAAACUGUAAAAAAUUUUCACAGAUUUUUUUCCCAAUACCUGUGCAAAAUACAUGUGUAGCUCAAAACUAUUUGUGACCUACUGCUUGCAUGUAAGAGACCCUAUGUAACUCUUAUAUUUUAAGUGUAUACAUAUUGUGUAUAUAAUAUACAAACAUUAAAAAUGGGGAAUUGCACAUUUUACCUUUCAGACACCAGUUUUUAUCACAACUAGAAGGAAAUGAUCAAACCAAAUACAUGCUUAAGAUAAAAACUAGUUUAAAAAUUCUUAACAAACCUAAUUAAAAUGAAGUGACUAACAGAAAAAUAAUUUAAUAAGUAUCUUACAUUUGUUCUUUUCAGACAAUUACGUUUCCCUUAUCAAAGCAAUCUUUUUGCUAUCAGCUGAGUAUUAAAUAAAACGUUGGGUGCAAGACAGUGGGAGAACUAAUUAAUACUAAACAGAACUAUCCUCGAUUCUUAAAUUUGUGUGUCCAGCAAUUGAGUGUCUACAACAUCUAAGGGUAGAAUGUGAAUAUUGCCACAAGGUUCAUUGCUCUCAGAAUAAGAUUUUCCUGUAUUAAUGCAAAAGGAAUACAGAUAUAUUUCUUGAGUCUGCAGAUUUUUUAUUAUGGUGCAGCUUUUUAAAAAUUAUGUUUUAAAAUUAUAUAAAUGAAUAUAUGCCAUUUCAUAAAGUUUGGAAAUUCCUGUCAACCUUAUUGAAACACAGUGUUUUCAUCAUUGGAGGUCAAAUUACCGUGGCCAUUAUUCAGUUAAAUUUGCCAAAUUUUUGUCAUGGUUACCAGUGUAGCCUGUUAAAGUCUGCUAUUUAACACAACUUUGGGAAGCUUUUAAUUCUCAGUUUUUCAAUUUUGUUUUAGGAUAACUGUUACAGUUUUUAUUUGGGUCUAUAAAAGCGAAGUCAGCUUUUCUGAUCUGACUUGAUGGACACUGUUGGGCAAUGUACAGUGUAUGGUGUGCUUACUGUCCACUUGAGAGCAGAGGAUGCUGUGCUGUAAAAUGCUGUCAGAUUUGCUAUUCCCUGGUACAGUGUAGUUUUCCCUUUUCAUUCAAAUAAAAGCAUGGCACCAAAUCCUUUUCUGUUUCUUGAAUAAAAAGUGUGUUUUGUCUUGC